AAAUAAAAACGAAGUGGCAGACAGAGGAUUUCUAUCGGAUCAGAGCCCCCACAGUCGUAUAUACACCGAAAGCAUGGUAUAUAGAUCUCCCAAAAGAACAGAGCAAAAAACUCACUCCCCUUUCUUUCCCUAUAUAUAACCCCCAUUCUCUUUCCUUCCCCUUCGGAAAGACCGAAAAAGAAGAAAAUCCCGUUUCUCUGACCAUGAUCGCCUUUCUGGAACGUUUCGUGCCGGACAUCGACUCCGAAACGCUACCAAACGAAACGGAUAUCGGCCUCUGCAAAGCGCUCGACCUGCAGGGAAGUAUCUCCUGCCCCGCCCCGGCCUGCACCGACUUCGGCGGCCUGAAUGGCUCGAGGCCGCUCGCUCUCGCCCUCGCCAGGCCAGCCGGACCGGAUGACGUGGCGAAGGUCAUCAGAGCAGCGACGCGGUCCUCGGGCCUGACUGUCGCGGCGCGGGGGAACGGCCACUCGAUCAACGGCCAGGCGAUGGCCGCCAGGGGGGUGGUGCUGGAGAUGCGUGCGAUGGACAGUCGGAUGGAGCUGAGGCAGGGGUACGUGGUUGUUGCAGGAGGGGUACUUUGGGAAGAUGUUUUGAUGGAGUGCUUGGAGCAUGGACUGGCUCCUCGAUCGUGGACGGAUUAUCUGGGUCUGACUGUUGGUGGGACCCUCUCGAACGCAGGGAUUAGCGGGCAGGCGUUCCGAUACGGGCCACAGACGUCGAAUGUUUCGGAGAUGCAAGUCGUAACGGGGAAGGGCGAUAUCGUGGUCUGCUCUGAGCGCGAGAAUUCAGACCUUUUCUUCGCUGUCCUCGGUGGUCUUGGCCAAUUUGGGGUGAUCACGCGGGCUACGAUUAUCUUGCAGCCUGCUCCUGAUAUGGUGCGGUGGAUAAGGGUGGUGUACGGAGACUUCGAGGAGUUUGCGUCCGACGCCGAGUUUCUAGUGACUCGGAACGAGUGUGACUCGUUCGAUUACGUGGAAGGUUUUGCCUUCGUUAACAGCGACGAUCCUGUGAACGGGUGGGACUCGGUCAGCCUCGACUCAGUCAAUCGGAUCGACCCGGAUCGGAUCCCAGCCAACGCCGGACCCGUUCUCUACUGCCUUGAAGUCGCUCUCCAUUACCGGAACCAAGACAGCUUCAAAACGGUAGAUAAGAUUGUGAACGACAUGCUCCGGCCACUGAGAUUUCUCCCGGGGCUGAAACUCGCCGUCGACGUCAGCUACGUCGAUUUCUUGCUACGUGUGAAGCGUGUCGAGCAUGCGGCGAAGGUGAACGGCAUAUGGGACGCGCCGCAUCCAUGGCUCAAUCUGCUAGUUUCGAAGCGGGACAUCAUCGAUUUCGAUCGGACGGUGUUCAAGAGAAUUCUCCGCAACGGCAUUGGUGGGCCCAUGCUCGUGUAUCCACUGCUGAGAAGCAAGGUGUUUAACUGCUAAAAAUGACGGCUGACUAAAAUACCCCUGUUGAUGCAUAUAUCCACAAAAUUCCCAGCCCUGUUUUUAAUGCAUUACCUUCUAGAAAUCGCAAAUACGUACAAAAAUUUUAACACGCGCGCAUGUUGCAUUGUGUUACUUUUGAGGUAAGGGCAUUUUCGUAAUUUGGUCCUUCACACGUGCUGCUGCAAGCGUGUGGGACAUCUGAGUGGUAGCCCUGAUCGAUCGUAAUAAAAAGAUUGGGCUGGUCCACUCAUCAGAUAAGUCAUCAAUAUAAGAAAAGAAUGAACGGCUAAAAAGCAAUAUCUAGACAAUCACAUUCAAACCAUGCAUGCGGCCCACCUCAUGUGUGCUGGUCUCUUCUACCCUGGGCUGUCUUCAUUUUGUGGUCCUGAUUUCUCACACGCUUACAAAAUUCUUGCACGUGCUGCGUGUGGAGAUGGAGCAGGUGAGAUAUACAAGCCUACUGGCGAUCGUCAAAUCUCCCGUCUUAGUUUUGAACGGUUUAAAAAUUGGCGGCGAGCCUUCGUGGAGCCGCCCAUGUGAUAUCGACACCACCGUUAAGCUCAUGAAAAGUGCUCUGCGGGCCCACCAUGAU